AUGCGUUUAUUAUCAAAUCAAACUGAUCAAAUGCCAACAGCUUCGAAAGUAUUUUCGGAUCAUGAAAGCGACGAAUUCGAUGACGAUGACAACGACAUGAUGGUAGAUUAUUCUGAUGAUCAUCGUCAAUCAACAGAAACUUCAACACAUAAAAAAUUUAAAAAUCGAUCGAAACGAACUGGUCGAAAAUCAAUUCCAUUAAAAAAACGAUCACAUCUUAAACGAUCAAGUAAAUCAAUUCAAUCAUACGAUGGCUUUGAUACGUAUGAUAUGGAUGAUCUGAAUCCAAUAGAAAAUGGUCAAACUGCUGGUCAACGUCAUGCAGCUAAUUUACGAGAAAGAAAACGUAUGCAAUCAAUAAACGAUGCUUUUGAAGGUUUACGUACACAUAUACCUGUACAUCCAUACGAAAAACGUUUAUCAAAAGUUGAUACACUUCGUUUAGCUAUUGAUUAUAUAGCUUUUCUAAAUCGUUUAUUAACAAAUACAUCUCAAACAGAUUCAAUUCAUUCAUUACCUCAACCGUCGCAUCGUUUUCGAUCACAUCCAUCACAUCCUCAUGGUAAUAAUUGUCCUGUUUUAACAAGAAAAAAAAUCAUUCUAGAUUGUACACCAAUCAUUAAUGAUGAAACUAACGAAGAACAAGCAAUUUUGGGUCAUUCAUUAUCAUGGUAUGAUGCAUCAUUACAUCAUUUAGUUCAUCAUUCAUCUGUAGUUGCACCUGGUUGUAAUACUUAUCAUUCGGAUAUACUAGUCAUUACAGCUAAUGUAUGGAUACCUGAAAUGCUUUCAUCACCAAAUUCAACGCGCACAGCUACAUCACCCAUUUGUUCAGCUCUUCCGCUUAAUAUUCCAAUAAUAACUAAUCGUGAUUCUGUUCAUAUAAGUGAUAGUGAUAAUGAUGACAAUGAAGAAAAUGUAAGUCCAAUUGGCCUUAGCUCGAAUCAUUUACAACAAAUUCAAUCACAAUGGGAUAUGUCAAUCAAUGGAAACGAAUUUUUGCCUGUUUAUAAUAAUCAUCAUUCUCAUCAUCAUCAUCAACAACAACAACAGCAUCAUCAUCAUCAGCAGCAGCAACAGCAAACAACAGUUUAUGAAGAUGAUCAUGUUUGGUAUGAACGAUUAAGAUCGAUGGCAACAUCAAUUGGUAGUGAACAACCAUCAUCUUCCGAUUCAUCAUCGAAUGACAUUCAACAACAUCAUCAAUUAUUCGAUGUUUAUUCUCAACAUCUUCCACCACCAAUGAUGACUACAGUUAGUAUUGAUCCACAUAUGAAUUAUUAUUCAACUAAUCAUGCUCUUGAUCACUAUCAUCAACAUCAUCAUCAUAUACCUGAAUAUCAGACAAUGUUUUCAUUUUAA